AUGUGGCUUGAAAAAUAUAGCCCGCAAGGCAUUGAUGAGUUAACAAUUCAUAAGGAUAUAACAGAGAGGUUAAGGAAAUUAAGUAGACAUAAGGAUUUGCCUCAUAUAAUAUUUUAUGGGGCCCCCGGUGGAGGGAAAAGUACUCGCAUUAAUUGUUUAAUAAAGGAAAUAUUUAAAGAUGAAAAGAUUAUUAGAAGACCUGAAUGUAUAACGAAUGCAGAAAAUAAAAUAAAUAUUAAUGUAGUACAAAGUAAUUAUCAUUUAGAAUUACAAUGUUUUGAACUAGGUAAUAAAGAUAAGAUAAUAGUACAAAGUAUUAUAAAAGAAUUAUGUAGUUAUAAAUCGAGUGCAUCCUUUUUUUCGAAAACACCCAUGUAUCGUAUAUUUGUAUUUAAGGAUGCUGAAUUUUUAAGUGAAGGGGCACAAGCGGGUUUAAGAAGAACAUUAGAAACAUAUAUAAGAAAUGCAAGAGUUAUAUUACAUUUAGAACAUUUAUCUAAGAUUAUUGAACCUUUAAAAAGUAGAUGUAUUUGUAUACGUGUACCACUACCAAGCGAAGAAGAAAUUUAUUCAGUUUUACAAAAUAUUUGUAAACAAGAAAACGUAUCUCCUUCAUUUAGUACAUAUGAAUAUUUUCAAACAUUAAUAAAUACACAUGGAAGAAAUUUACGAAAAUGUAUUAUGGCUUUAGAAAUGUCAGUAUAUGCUAACUCAUCUAAACCUCAUCAAAGUUUAUCAGUAGCUGCUUCUUAUAUAAAUGAAUUAUGUGAUUUUGUUUUUAUUAAUCCUACACAAAUUAAAAUGAAAGAGUGUGUAACUAAAAUACAAAGUCUUAUAACUUGUCAAAUACCUGUGAAUUUUAUUUUUGAAACCACAAUCAAAUAUUUAUUAAGGGGAAAUUACGACGCUAAACUUAAAUAUUAUUUUCUGAAACUUUGUUCCCAUUUUUCUUAUCUUUCUGAAGCUUCAUAUGAUAAGAGUGUCUCUCUCAUAGCUUUUAUUGUAAACGCAAAUACGGCUAUAGUGAAAUAUAAGUUACAUGGAAAAUAA